UCUAGAAAAGCUUGUGCUCGACUAUAUUGAGUCUUCGAUCAUCGUCCCCGAUCAUAUGGAGAAGUCUUCAACUGCUCUAGUAACCCUUCAGGUCUCUUAUCUAUUUUUCAUCGGUCAAUGCAUACUUUUCCUUUUUGGUUCACAAAAAUAUUACAUCUUAUAUUACAUAUAAAUAUUUACAGGAGAUUCUUGAGACGAAAGGAGAAAAGGAAAAGAAGAUGGAAGACAAGGUUAAGUCGUUUAUCAGGAGAAGAAAAUUAUCAUACGAAGGAGACGAUGAGAAGAGAGACGUGAUGAAAAGGAUAGUAUCUAAGCUCAGAUCUGAUGGUUACAAUGCUUCUAUCUAUGGAACCUCGUGGGAUUCUUCUUUUGAUCGCCGUAAAGGUAAUAAUAAAAUAUCAUUUUGGUUUAAAGAAUAAACAUUUAGAAAAGUAAUCAUUUGAUUUGAUCUUUGCAAAGUUGAAGAGUUUUUCCUUUAAUUUUGGAAAGUUAGGUCAAGUUUUUUUUGGUACUAAGGUCAAGUUUUUUUAUUUGUUGCUUUUGUGAAAAUGUUACACAGGAUGUAGUAGAAUGUUUAGGUGUACCAGAAAGUACGAGUACAUUGAGGUCAUGGUGGCAAGUGAACAGGACGGUGAUGACGGAAGCAAGGAACGUCUGAUAAUUGAUCUUGAUUUCAAGUCUCAGUUUGAGUUAGUGAAGCAGACUGAAAGUUACAAAGACGUGACUCAGAUGCUUCCGACAGUGUUUGUGGCGACAGAGGAGAGACUCAAAAGAGUUGUUUCGUUAAUUUGUGGUGAGAUGAAAGAGUCCAUGAAGAAAGAAGGAAUGUCUAGACCUCCAUGGAGGACUACGAGAUACAUGCUAGCCAAGUGGCUACCUGAGAACCGUUUGACAGUCUCUGGUUCUAAGAAAGGAUCUUGGUCUAUGUUUGAUGAUGGUGAAGGAGGUGAAGCUGUUAAGACAACGAGUGCUAUUGGUUUGAAAACUACGUGUGGACAGUCAGAGAGAGUGCUCAAGAGCCAAACAAAAAAAGAAAGAGAAGGACGAUGAAGAAAUUAUCUCGGGCUCUUCAAAUCUGUAUCUGUUUUUAUUACUGAUAUGACAUUUUAAUAAAUACAGUCCUUGAAAAUCCAACUUAAUAGGGUUUUAAAUGACACAACCGUUGGGAAAGAUUUUUGAAAUGAAUUGUAGUUAUAGUAUAUGGUUUGACAUGAUACUUUUACAUUGGUGGAUUUUUUUACAUUGGGAAAUUUGAUCCUAGGUGAAACUUGUUUCUAGGUUUUAUGUUGUAUUUGUUUUUUUUUUAAUUCUGUUUCUUUUGCUUUUGGGAUGUUCGACUUUUGGCUCUAGUCAGAACCGCACGAAACGAUUAAAAAUAAAUCGUAAACCUCUGCAGAAAUAAUAAUACAAAUAAUUAUAGAGCAGAAAAACAUGAAAAAUUAAAAAUAACAAAAAAUAUAAAUUAUUAAACAAUAAAUACUUUUAUUUUUACAUAACUAUUUAUCAAGUUUUUAUCAUUAGAUUUUAUAACUAGUUUUUAGAUAAGAUGACUAGCUCACUCAAUGUUUCUUAAGUUAUACUGAACCAAAAUAAAAUUUUAUGAACUUAACUUUUAAGAAGUAUUUUAGAAAAUGCUUUGAAAACUAUAAAAUUCAACCAUUUUAAUUACUUUAAUUCUUUAAUAACUAAAAAUUAGAGAAACAUUUUCAAAUAGCAUUAAAUC